AAGGUCAACAAGCUAAAAUCUCCCUGACCAGUGUAAGUCUUUCUUGUCUUCAAAUGUUCUGACAAUCCCCCUACCAAAGUGCUCUUGAUCGUCAAGUCCACCAAGAUGUAGGAUUUUAAUUUGGCCUCGGGCGGAAAUUUUCCACAACCGCUUUUGUGUCGGCGCUCAAGAAGUUUCACCCUUGAUCUUGCUUGGUCGUCCGCUUAGAAACGAGAGGGAGGGCCUUGAGCUCAAAAGCGCUUAUAAAUAGGAACCAUCUCUGCUCCAUCACACAUUCGAUAUCCAGUGAUCAACAUGAGAGGAGCAAUCAAGUUCUUGGCCAUUCUGGCCGUGGUUUUGACCAUUUCCGCCCAAUAUGCUUCCGCUCAAUAUGGCAGGAGGCGCCGCCCUUCUAAUGGAGGCAGUGCCAGUUUCGGCGGAGGCAGUGCAGGGGGUGGUGGUGGCGGCGGAGGGUUUGGUGGAGGAAGUGGCGGAUUUGGCGGUGGGAGUGGCGGAUUUGGCGGUGGGAGCGGCGGAUUUGGCGGAGGAAGCGGCGGAUUUGGAGGAGGAAGCGGUGGAUUUGGAGGAGGUGGAUUCCGGGGAGGCAAUAGUGGAAGAUUUGGCAAUCGAUUUGGAGGAGGCGGAGGCUUUCGAGGCCGCCGACCCAUCAUUCGAGCACUCCGACGAAUCAUUGGCUGAACCCGACUCCAGAACUAAAAAUAUCAUGUCACCUCCAUGAUGCGACAUCAAUAACUAAAAGCAGCCCUUUCACUGCCUCCAUUUCAAAUUGAAACAUUAUUGCUCAAUAAAUCACGUUUCCACUUUUGAAA